AUGCCAAGCUUUCAGGCACCCGCCCUCGACCCAAAUGUAACGGACGCCCCUUUGGAUUUGGGCUUCGACUUCCCUUCACGAGAUCCGGCGUGGGGCUCUGUCGCCGAUUGCAUGCUCAAGAUUGCGCUUAUCUCCGUGAUCGUUUGUGUGUCGUUGUUUGGGAAUGUCUUGGUGUUACUGGUUUUCCAGAGAAAACCUCAGCUCCUACAUGUGGCCAACCGUUUCGUCCUUAAUCUCCUGUUGGCCGAUCUUCUCCAGACCAUGUUGGUCAUGCCCUUUGCCAUUGCCACCACAGUUCCGGGGGUUUGGCCACUGGAUGCUCGACUGUGCCAGGCACUGGUGGUGCUCAUGCAUCUUUUUGCUUUUGCCGGCGUCAACACUAUCAUUGUUGUCUCCGUGGACCGCUACUUGGCCAUUAUUCACCCUCUGUCCUACCCCACCAGGAUGACGCCACACCUGGGCACCAACCUGAUCAUUUGCACCUGGGUAGUCAGCUUCCUGCAGAGUACACCGCCCCUAUACGGCUGGGGCGCAAUCGAUUUUAACCACCAUCACAAGAUGUGCUCGGUGAUCUGGUCCUACAGCGUAUCCUACUCAGUCGUGGUAGCCACCUUCUCUUUCUGGCUCCCGGUUCUCGUCAUGCUCGGGUGCUACUGGAUGGUAUUCCGGGCAGCUCGGAGGCAGAACGCCCUGGUGCACCCAAUACGGACGCGUUUGGAAUCCCAGCCCUGCCCUCAGGACUUCCGAGGGCAGAGCAGCUCGCCACCCCAGCGGCCCAGUUCACCGGAUGGCCCUUCCUCAGCCAAGGGGUACCCGACUCGUGCAAGGCAUCGACGCUUUCACUACCACUGCAAGGCAGCGCGUGUCGUCUUUGUAAUCAUGGCAUCUUAUAUCCUCAGCAUGGGACCCUACAGUGUACUAAACACAAUAUCCAUGAGUGCCAGAGCAGAUGUACCAUCCUGGCUUUUGUCUUUGGCUCUGGUGCUCUUCUUCCUGCAGUGCUGCCUGCAUCCAUACAUCUACGGAUACAUGCACCGUAGCGUUCGGAAGGAAUUCCUCGCAUUGCUCUGCGGAAUCUUCUGCAAGCGGGGACAGAGUUCAGCUGCCGAGACCUGUCACACCAUGGCAGGACAAGGCCACGCCGGGGGGCAACCUCACUUGCCUAGUCCAGCCGCCAGGGUCUUUCCGCUGCAGACAUGGGAGGAAUGCACCACGUCUUCCUCGCCCACCUUCGAGAGGAGGUCGAGGGACAGCCGCAAGGAGACCACCACAACCAGCGUCAGCUCAGAUCGGGAGCCCACGGUCAAUAGCAAGCAGAGUUCCUAA